CUCUACUACAGGCGGAAGUUACAGGCGCUUGUGUUGGUGAAAAUCUCCAGUGGUGAGAAAGUGAAAAGCAGCGUAAAUGAUAAACAGCAGCCGUUUGUGACGAUUCUAACAGCAGCGCAUCAUAUAUGUGGACGCGGCGGCUUUGUUAUCCUUUCCUGCAUUGGCAGACUGCUGGUUUUCGUCGGUAAAGGCAUACUGGCAUAUUUAUUGAGUUUAAUGUCUGGUCACAUUGUCAGAUAGUUUAAGCUCUCACAGGAACUAACACAGGCGCUUUGAUUGGAACGUUGAGACAUUCUGUUACAUUGAUACAUUGUAGCCAGACGGCGCGUUUCCGACUCCAGUUAAAACGUUGCUGUAGCGGGAAAGAAGAAACAUUCACUUUAUUCAGUGAUGACUCGACUGGGUUUAACAUAACUGCAUAAUCACAUAUGUGACUUCCACAACAACCAGUCUAGUGGAGCCUUUUAUCUUGGCGUUCUGCACUGGAUUUGCAUUGGAAGUGACAGAGAUGGCAGACAGCGGUCGGGUGAAGCACAACAGCCCGAACUCGAGUCCCGGACCCGGGAGGAAAAAGGCGCAGCAGUCGCCCGGUUCAAAGGCGCGGUACUCGGUUAACGCUCCAGGACACUGCUUUCGAAAAGUGACCCUGACCAAACCGACCUUCUGCCAUCACUGCAGCGACUUCAUAUGGGGGAUUGUCGGGUUUGUUUGUGAAGUGUGUAACUUCAUGUCACAUGAGAAAUGUUUGAAGCACGUCAGGACUGUGUGUUCCUGUAUGGCUUCCACACAAGUUUGGGUUCCUGUAGCGCACUGCUUUGGUCCCGCCGGUCAGAAGAAGAGGUUCUGCUGUGUUUGCCGGAAGCAUCUGGAAGGCAGUUUGGCUCUGCGCUGUGAAGUGUGUGAGCUACACGUGCACAGUGACUGUGCCCCGUUCAGUGUCAGCGACUGUCGUUUCUGCCACCAAGAUGGAGGGCAAGACAUUGACACGUACCAGCACCACUGGCGAGAGGGGAACAUGUCCUCAGGUGCCCGCUGUGAGGUCUGUCGUCGCACCUGCAGUUCUUCGGACGUCCUGGCUGGCGUGAGAUGCGAGUGGUGUGGCAUUACGGCACAUGCGUCAUGUUACAUAAUCAUCCCCCUAGAGUGCAGCAUGGGACGGUUGCGGAAUAUGAUUCUUCACCCUAGCUGCGUGAGGAUCUGCUCGCGGAACUUCAGCAAAAUGCACUGUUACAGAAUCUCAGAAAAUUCCCAGCACAGCGAGAUGAUGGAUAACCUGGGUGAUGUCGAUACUCAGAGUCCAGUAACUUCAAAGGAAACUCAGUCCACGGGAUCACCUGACACAGGUAAACAGACGCUGAAGGUUUUCGAUGGCGACGACGCAGCUAAGCGGAAUCAGUUUCGUUUGGUCUCAAUCCCUCGAAUAAUCAAGAAUGAGGAAGUAGUGGAAGCAUCACUCAGAGCAUUCUACAUCCCAGAUGAACCGCAAGAUUACGAGCUACAGAGUUACAGCCAACAGGGACUGUUUACAGAUGACAUCAUCAACCGUAACGGCACGCCGGACAACAAGUCCAUAUUUAAAGAUACCGUUUCUGAUUCCUGGGUGCUGAGAUCAAAACCCAGAGAAACAGAAGUGGUGAAGAUUUAUUCCGGCCCACUCAAGGCUGAAGUCAUCUCAGUUACUGCUGGGAAAAGCAGCACAGUAGACUCGAUUAUAAAGGAAGUGCACUCACGCAUAGGAAAACAGAAUGAAAACCCUGCUGACUACAACCUUGUAGAAGUUUUCAUGAGCAGCAAACAAGUGCAACGGCAAGUCCUUAGUGGUCAGGAGAUUUUACUGGACAAACUGCAGGAGAUACGAAAGACAUCACUGCGACAGAUGAAUCAGACACGGUUUUACAUCGAGGAAAGCAGGAAUCGAGUGGCACAAGUCAAUCUGCUUUUGGGAGGCUUUCCGACACAGCUUGAAAAAGAGGAAUACACACGUUUGCUAUCCGAACACCUCGAAGUCAAAAGUCAUUUGGUCAGCAUCACUCACGCGUACUCUGAACAAGGUGCUGUGGUUCUGCAGAUCAGCUGUUUCUCAGAGGCAGAGAGGAUUUACAUGCUGGCCAAAGACAUCAGCAUCAGCGGCAAACAGCUCUACUCACUUGUCAUACCUGAGAUCAUGCAGCAAAGCAACCUGGCCAAAGGAAGCUGCCCCCUACUAGUCUUUGUCAACCCUAAAAGUGGUGGACUAAAGGGCAGGGAGAUCUUAUACAGCUUCCGUAAACUUCUAAACCCUCAUCAAGUGUUUGAGCUGACCAGCGGAGGACCACUUGCUGGGCUGCACACGUUUAAAGACGUCCCUCACUUUCGUAUCCUGGUGUGUGGAGGAGACGGCACUGUGGGAUGGGUGCUGGGGGUUCUAGAGUCCAUCCGGCACAAAAUUGCAUGUCCUGAGCCAGCAAUCAGCAUUAUACCACUGGGCACAGGAAACGAUCUGGCUCGGGUGUUGCGAUGGGGGACGGGCUAUAGCGGCGAGGACCCCUACAACAUCCUGCUGUCUGUGGACGAGGCAGAGGAAGUGCAAAUGGACCGCUGGACAAUUCUUCUGGACGCACAGGAAAUGACAGAGGAUGGCAAAGAGAAUGGCUUCCUAGAGCCACCCAAGAUUGUGCACAUGAAUAAUUAUUUUGGGCUGGGAAUUGAUGCUGAGCUGAGUCUGGACUUUCAUCAUGCACGUGAGGAGGACCCGGACAAGUUUAAUAGCAGGUUCCACAAUAAAGGUGUGUACGUAAAGGUGGGCCUGCAGAAGUUGAGUCACACACGAAACCUUCAUAAAGACAUCAGACUGCAAGUGGACAGACAGGAGGUGGAACUUCCCAGUAUAGAGGGACUGAUAUUCCUCAACAUUCCCAGCUGGGGUUCUGGUGCUGACCUGUGGGGCUCAGACAGCGACUCGCGGUUUGGGCGGCCAAGGAUAGAUGACGGGAUGCUGGAGGUUGUGGGAGUUACCGGUGUGGUGCACAUGGGUCAGGUUCAGAGUGGGCUGCGUUCUGGGAUUCGUAUCGCUCAAGGCAGCUACAUUCGCAUCACUGUGAACAAACCCAUUCCAGUGCAGGUGGAUGGAGAACCCUGGAUACAAUCACCUGGACAGAUCAUCAUCUCAGCUGCGGGACCAAAGGUGUGCAUGCUGAGAAAGUCCAAAGCCAAGCAGAAGAAACAGUCAGGCAGUUUGAAGGAAAGCCGUUCUGACAGUCCAGCUCCCAGCGAUGGUGGGCAGUGACAAACCGCACAAACACUUCAUUGACAGCCCUUUACUGUCGCCUUGACAACUUUUCUUUUAGUCUGUCCUCUGUUCUUUGGGUAUCAACAUUACUUUAAUGACUUUAGCUGAAGUACAAUGUGUUACACAGACAUCUCUAUCAUCUCAUAGUCUGUAGUGUUCAAACGCUCCGUCUGACGAUAGCACUGCAGUGUGUUUCUCAGGACUUUAGCUGCCCUCGGCCGGGUUUCCGGCCUGUUUUUGCCUUAGAUCCGUGCUGGUUUAGAGAUUUUCGUUGGUUUUAUUUCGAUUCCCAAACCGGAUCAUCUUUUCAAAGGGAAUAUUGUCCUAAAGUAGUCCAUCACUGAAAUGCUAAGGCACAUAUUAAUAAUCAACCAGUAUUUAAUCACAUUGCGCUCAUCACAAAUGCCAAAAAAUGCUGUCGCCAAGUUAAGAUGCUCUCGUGUUUCACAAAUGAUGGUGGCCUUUUUGGUUUAAGGUACAUACUGUGACUCACCUGGUCACCUUUUUUGUCUUUCCAGUGAUUAUUGUUAAUGUCUUACUUGAGGUUUAUUUGCAAUAGCAGCCCCCUAGUAGCUUUCUACAAGUAUCUAAACCAAAAUAAUGCAGUAUAGAUGUACAAACAACUCUAGUUCUUCUCCAUUAAGAGCACAUUUGAUUGUAUAAGUGGAUUGAGGAGAGAUAAUCAUCUUUGUAUAUCAAAACAAAAUUUUGUAGCUCUGUCAGCUGUGAGACCGGAGGCGCAAUCAUGCGCCUUGCCAAAACGUGAGGAACAAUCUGGCGUCGUCACAGCCGUUUCGUAAAAGGAGGAUGAAUAUCAAUAGCUUUUUGAACAAGUGUGGUACCGAAAAAUACUGUGAAAUGCUUGAGUUGUGGAUUUUGAUGAAUGUUUGUAAAUUCCCUGCGACGUUUGUGGACAUGCGCACCAUUUUUGGUGUUAAUAGUAAUAUAAUGACGUAUGAUACUUGAUAAAACAUUCCAUGCAAGAUCACGUAGCAUAUGCGGUAUUUAACAUGGUGCCAGUUAGUGUGACUGGUCAUAUGAACCUUUAAUUCAAACAUAGCUUUAUCAUGUUCUAGUGAAAGCAUUGAUUUGUAAGUAAACAAAUAUGUUACUGUUAUCUGACAUAGUCGUGUAAAGCUACUCGUCUUGACGUAAAGCUAAAACUAGAGGCGAGCGCAGUGCUGUAAUAUAUUGGCUAGUGUAUAUGUGGUUUGUGUACAGUGACUGGUCAGCCCUGGAUUCAUGAUUCUGAGGCUGGUCUUAGAUUUUGUAUGUGUGAUCUGUUGGACACUCCGCUCCCCAUUAGGCUUGUAUUAUUGGAAGGCUGUUGCCCUGUAAACGUGCUGGAUGCGGGGCUCAGCCUCGGCCACCUACGGGACGACUGUCUGACCUCAUCUACCUCGCCAAGAUCUUCCAAAGACUUGCGCCUUCUUUUCAUCCUGCACUUCAUGGAUUGUGUCUGGGAAUAUUCGGAAUAGACCUUAGUCGGGUUAGACGCCAUAUUAUCCAUCUUUUUUUGUCCUGUAAGAGCGGGCACAGCCAUUUGUACAUUUUAUGGGUCUGGCUUCCGCUCUCCUUUGCGUCCAGCUAUUUUUAGCUGUUCAAAACGGCUUGUUUUGCUGCUUGAUAUUGCAAAUUGGUGUGUCUUAACAUUAUUUUAAUGUAUUAUCUUAAUUAUGAGCACACUGGUUUGCAGUGCAAACAGUUUUAGAGCUGCUAGAGCUGCACGAUUAAUCGUUAAAUAAUCGCAAUCUCGAUUAUUUUUAAAUGACAAUUUGUCUGUGCCUGUUAAACCUCUGAUAAAGUCAUUCCAGAACAUUCAAAUAUGUGCUCAUGCUGCCGCUGACACAGAAGGAGCAGUUACCUGUUUAGGUAUGAAACCACUUUACAAACAGACUUUUCAACCAUUUGUGGUUCGGAUAUUAUGACAGCAUUUUAGUGCCACGUUAAAAAUGUAAAAAAAAAAAUCUAAGAUUGCGAGAAUAAAGUCGAAAUAUUGUGAGAAUACAGUUGAAACAUUUUGACAAUAAAGUUAAAAUAUUUGGACAAAGUCGAAAUAUUGCGAGAAUAAAGUCGAAAUAUUGCGAGAAUAUAAAGUUGAAAUAUUUUGACACAGUUAAAAUUUUUUGACAAAGUCGAAGUAUUGCGACAAUAAAGUCAAAAUAUUUCGACAAUAAAGUCGAAAUUACGAGAAUAGUCCAAAAAUUCAGAGAAUAAACUCGAAAUGUUUCAAGAAUUAAUUCAUAGCAAUUACAAGAUUAUAAUAGUUAUAAUAUUUUGAUAGUAUAUUGUAGCCUAUUGUGCAUGCAAAUGGCCCUUGAAG